UAGUGUUUCCUGUAACGAUUUUCAAUCUAUUUACAAACAAAUAUGUGAACAAUUUAUCCUGCAUGCUUCACAGAAUGAUUUCUAUACUCGUCUACGCAUCCACUAAGCAAUGCAGAUGACCUAAGGAUCCUUAAGAGAAUCGACACGGGCAUGCCCCGCCGGAAGCGAGCCGCAGAUGAAGGCGGAAGAAGAGUGAAAGUCAGCAGUGUGGAGCACAAUGAUGAAGAGACCCUGGUCAUAUCUGAUUCUGAACAUGAAGAGGAGGAAGAUUGCUCAUUUAAACGGUCCUCUUGGACAACCCGGUUGGAAAGAAGGGAGAAUCAGUCUCAUCUACAAAAGAUGACAGAAGAAGAUAUGCUGAACCUGGCCAUGAGACUGAGCACUCAGGAAGCAAACCGUGCUGCCCAGAGACAAGAGCUGGAAGACAACGACAUACAAAAAGCCAUAGAAGAAAGUCUUAAUGAAAGCUCUUUAAAAGCUUUGGAGGGUCACGAUGAAGCAGCCAGCUCUACAGAUCAACCACAGCAGAAUGUAACAAGUGAGAUAUCAACUAGUCCGCUGCCGGAAAUGUCUGAUCCAUCACAGAAGACCUCCAUACAUCUUUCAAUAAGGAGUUCCCCAGCUCAGGUCUCCAGUCCUCCUGCUUCCACUCAGGACACGACCUCAGAUGAACAGACAGUCAUCAGCAACACUCCUGAGCUCUUCAGAUCUGUCUCUGAGUCCCAGUCUCAGACGUCCCCUGUCUUCACCAGGCAUGGCUGCUUAAUUCACCAGCCUGUAGUAUGUGUUGAGAAACUGAGUCAGGACCUCAUCCCGGCAAGCAUAGACUCAAACUUUCACAUGCAAGAUGGCGCUGCCGCUUCCAUUUGCACUUACGGAUCUCCGUCCCCAAAGCAGGAAGAUUCACCCUUUUCCAAAUGCCCAGUCUUCACUCAGAAAGACUUCAAACGAAAAAUGUAUUUGCCAGAGGACAAAGAUGGUCGUAAAAAUACCAAUGCAAGUGAAGACGAUACUCAUAUAUCUAAUGAAGAUAUUCAUUUACCAACACAAAAAAGCCCUAACCUAAAGCAAGCGGAGGAUCAGACCACUCUGGAAGAGAAUGUAAAAUCUGACAAUGAAACUGCUCCGAACACCUGGAAUGAAUUUGCUAGUCACAUGGACUUACAUUUAACAGAUGAAGAUGAUGGCAGCGAAGAGUUUAUUUCCCCCAGCCCAGUCUUGCACAAGAACAUUUUUCAACCAGUCAAGACUGAGCUUUCCCCUACCCAGUCCUGCAUCUCUCCAGCUGUCUUCACACCCAAUCCUUAUACACAAGACACACAGAUGUCCCGGUCUGUCCUGGAGGAGGGCUCGGGAGCAUUAAAAGGUGUGGAAUUCAAACCCUCCGACUGUAAACCUCCACAUACUUCAUUGGAAAAAGGAGAAUGCACUAUUUCUUACUUCUGGGGUGUGCCUUUCUGUCCCAUGGGGCAAAACCCGGAUGAGUACACGCGUGUGAUUUUGUGUCAAAUGGAGGUGUAUGAGAAGAGUCUGAAGGAGGCCCAGCGAGAGCUGCUACGCAAAGCAGACUGGGGAGAGCCAGUGAUUCCUGGCUCAUCAGAGAGGCCAUUUGGUGCAAGGAGAUGGAAGCGCCACAGAGCUCCUCAGUUGUCCGAGGAUGAAGAGGAGAAUGACAAAGAUGGAGAGAAAGAAAAUAACAGAAUAGAUGUAGAAGAAGAGAGGGAAGAGGCUAAGGAGGAGUCUGUGGUGGGGUCACAAGAGGAUGCUGAGGGCAGACAGUGUGAAACAUAUGUAGUGGUGUCUUCUCCAGAGACAAAAGAUGAGCAAGAGGAAAAAAAACCUUUCUUCAGCCAGGAGGAGCCUGUAACUGCCGCUUUAAAUAAACAUUUUAGAGGAAGUGCUCCAUGUGAAACUCCAGAUGAAACUCAAAUACAGUGUUCAGCUGAGCAGGAGAAAGAGGAGGCCCAGAAUCAUGUGCAUUGUGAAGAGGAUGAUAUUGUUUGUCCAGAGACUCAGUUGACUCAAAACAGCACACCAGAAGAACUAAUGGUGACCAGUCCUGCUCAGCCCCAGUCUCAUACUGGCAGUGAGGUGAUUGAGGUAGAGGAGGGAGGAUGUGCUCCUGUCGUAGAAGAGAUGAUGGAGACUGAGGGACUGGAAUGCCCCAUGUGCUCCAAACUCUUCCCUCUCGAUAAGAUCGAGGUGCAUGCAGCUUUAUGUAAUGGCGAAAUAUACCACCAGGAGGAGCAAUUGCAAGAAGUUGUUGCCCGAAGGAAAAGGACCAAAAUAAAUUUGACAGAGGAAACUCCACGAUCUGGCAAAUCAACACAAAUGGAGAAGUGGAGUUUCCCGGAGUAUCCAGAACAUGACAAUUUUUGCAUUGAAAAGAAAGACUUAAGAGCUAAUCAGGAAAACGGCCUGCUUUCUGCUCUGGACCAGACAGAACAGAGACAGUCUGGCACUGAUGAACCUGGACCAUCUGAAGUUUCUACAACAAGCAACUGUGGCCUUGCCGAUCCUGUCGUGAUGGGGACUUCUGAAAGUGUAGUCUGCUCAGCGAUGACUUCCUGUACCAGUACCGCCUUCAUUCCUCAAUCAGAGAACACUGACUGCCUUAUUGACUCCUCUAAGAACAGCCAACGACUCUCAAGAAAGAGAAAAUUCAAAAGAUAGUGUCAACAUGCAUUUAGUAACACUUGUGUCUGUGCUUUUCAGUGCCUCCCCAUUUGUAUGGCUUUGUAUGCAAAGAAAAAUGCACAAAUUGAUCUUUAGUCUUGAAUUAAAUCUUUGUUGUCUUCUAAAAGGCUGUUAAAUGCUACUGCCACCCCAUGACGUUUCUGUUAAAUAUCUAAUUUAAUAUUUCUAUCUAGCGAUCAUUUCUAUCGCUUUACAUGGAAUAAAGUAAUGCCAUCUUUA